AUGUCUCUGAAGGCAGCUGCUUUCCUCCUCGGACUCUUGGUUGCCACCACAGGGGCCCAAGACAGUCCCACCCCCCAACAGCUUACUGACUUGGUCUGGCAGUACUUCACCCAGCUGAGCAGCAAUGUCGAGGAGACCCUGAGACAGGCCCAGCAGUCGGACAUCAGCAAGCAGUUCACGGUCCUGAUCCAGGACAACCUCCAGGCCAUGAACACCUACUCCAAGCAAAUGCAGAAAAAGAUGCCCCUGUACAUCACACAGCUGCUGGCCCAGCUAAGCGAAGAAGGGGAAAAGAUAAAGGAGAGGAUCAAGACAGAGCUGGAGCAGCUGCAGACGGAUAUCCGUCCCUUCUCAGCAGAUGUCCAGAACCAGGUGACCACAAUUGCCCAGAACCUGAAAGUCCAGCUGGCCUCCCACGCCGAGGAGCUGCAAGCAACAACAGACAUCCUGGCCACCCAGAUCAGCCAGCAACUGGCGUCCUUGGUGCAAGAGCUGCAGGCCCAGCUGAAGGAGAAUGUGGGGGACCCAGCCACCCUCUCCCCCUACGUCCAGAGGCUUCAGCAGACCGUCAACCAGCAGAUGGAAGACAUCAAGGUGCAGCUGGGCCAUUUUCCUGCAGAGGUAAAGGCCAAGGUGGACCAGGCGGUGGAGGAGCUGCACAAGCGCCUCUCCCCCUACGCCCAGACCACGCCGGAGCAGCUGAGGCGGCAGCUGGAAGAGCUCUCCUUCCGGGUGGCGAGGAGCGCGGAGGCCCUGCGGGACAAGAUCCAGGAAGAAGCUGAGCGGCUGCAGGGACGGCUCGACGGGCUUCUGCAGGGAGACCUGGUGUCCCGCCUGGACAGCCUGAAGGAAGAUGCUGGGCAGCAGAUUGAGGAGUUCCGCCAGCAAGUGGGGUCUUUCGGGGACAGCUUCAACCAGCUGGUGGUGGGAAAAGUGCAGCAGCUGGGCCAGAGGUUGCAAGACCCUGCUAGCGGGGUGGAGGACCACCUGAGCUUCUUGGAGAAGGAAGUCAGGGAGCAGAUCAUCGCCUUCACAGACAGCCUCCGGGAGACUGAGGAGCGCCUACUUCUCACCCCGGAGGAAGCAUGA